GCGUCUCUGACUGAAGAGCUAUUUCCGUGUCAAGGAACCAGCCCAGUCACAUUUUUUCACAACUUCACCGGUCGGCGACGAACAUUCGAGUGUGCAUUUUGAAUAACUUGACUUACAACCCUAUUACCGUAUAAUACGAUGGAUGACCAGAGAAUAAAGCAAAUCAAGAUCAGGACUGGAGUUGUGAAAAGACUGACAAAAGAGAAGUCGAUGUAUGAGAAGGAGGUGGAGACGCUGGAGGCACGGGUCAACAAGCUGAAGGAUGACGGAGCUGAUGAGCAUGAUAUCCGGAAACAGACUGAGGUUCUGCAGGAGUCCCGUAUGAUGAUCCCGGACACGAAGAAGAGGCUGAAGACAGCGUACGAAGAGCUGGAGCAGAUACUUCAAAAAGAGAGUGAUUUAUCAGAAAGAGAGGAAUUUGGACAAGCCAAGGAGAUUUUGGAAGCAGCAAAGACAGCUCUUGCAUAGUGUUGUCCUUCAAAUGUCUCUUAUUCAGAAGUUUCACUCUAUGAAUGCAUGCUGUUAUUUGUAUGAACAGAUGAUAAAACCUGUUACAAAUUGGCAUUGUUACUGUCUUACACAUCUAAUGUCUCAAUAUUGUUAAGGGUCAAGGACAUUGUAUUUACAUAUGACAUUUGGUGUGUAUCAAAACUCAUUAUCAGGUUCUGAAGAGCAAGUAAUUAUAUAAUUAUCCAUGGGAGAGAACUCUUCAGAGGCUUGACUUUAAUACUGUUUCCGUUCAGUGAUGGAAUGAUUGAAACACUGUGGUCCCUCUACCAGAGAGAAAUUAUUAUUUAACCAAGGGAUUUUUCAGAUUGAGGCAGAUUAAGGACUGAAAAAGAAAUCACAAAUUUCAAAUCAACAAAAUUAGAAAAGUUUUAAAAUAUGUUUUGCAGAUUGUUUUCCUGCCAGACAAUCAUUACAACACAGAGGAAAACUCAAAGAUAAAACUGUAACAGAACCUGUUUUGAGUAAUUCUGUUGGCCUAAGAACUAAUCUUUCAAGAUAUAUGUGGCUAAAAAAUCGAUUGUUUUCAUUUGUUUUGUCAUAAUUCCAGCUGUUUCAGUAUAUUCUGAAACUGCUAUGAAUGCCAACCUGAUGGGUUAUAUGUUUGACACUGAGGGCUAAACCACAUUCAUGGAGGAUAAUAACUGUAUCCUCUGUAUGCUUGUGUACUUGUUCUUAUGGAAAAUGGGGGUCUGAAAGUAUCAAAUCAAAAUCUCUGCCCAAGUGAUACAGCACUUAAUCCCCCUGCUGCCUUUAAUCUACCCUGUGAUGCUAUAACAAGAACACAUGUUGUGUCAGAUAACAUGUUUACAUCAUCUCAUGUUGGAGUCUCAAACAGAACAGAUUUCCUCUAUACAUGGCAUUUACACUGGGUUGCUGGGAGGUUAUUCACACGUCAGAGUUGACACCACAACUUAAAUUCUUAAAACAAGACAAGAAUAAAGAGGUUCUUUGUAAGAAAAGUUAUUUUAAGGUUAUUUUCAUCUGUUAGAGAAAUUGUUACUUGAGUCAGUUGAACAUGUGAAAGGUUAUAUUGGUUGGGAGGUGGUGUUUAAAUCCACCAUGCUCAAGUGUGUUCUGAAUGAUUCUGUUCCUCAUACUUGAAGCACCCACUGCCCUGUGGUGGAUCAUUACUACUGACUCCUGGUUUGCCUGGUCAAAACUUGUAUUGCUGCAUAAUGCCAGCUGACUUUGGGCAUUAUAACAGGAACAGUCACGAGGCAGUAGUACCAUACUCAGUCUUAGAGAGAUAGGAGUCAGGAGUAGAGAGGGAGUAAUCCAUCUGCCUGAUUAAGAACGACAGGUACCUUUUAUUUGUCUGAUGUUGGGACCCCAGAACCAACUAGAUUCCUAGAACCCCCAUUCCCAGUUGUGACCUUAAAUGAUUUAGCUGUGGUACAGAGGUACAGGACCUAAAUGAGCUGUUAUACUGUCUUUGGUUUCGACAGUAACAAGUUAGAGUAAUAAAUAAUUUGUGUAUGCUCUCUGAAAAUAAAGUCCACAGAAUGUUUUUUGUCAUUAAUCUUACCCUUUCAGACUUGUGUCCCUCAAUCAUUGUGUGCAAUUUGACUUAUUUCUGUCUAUGUCAUUUUGAACCUGCUUCAUGGCCUUAUUAUUGAGAAUGUCUUAAUUUCCAAUCUGUAGGUGUUCUCUCGUAAUGGCAAUAUUUAGCAUGUGGGUGAUGCAGGAGAAGAAGUUUCAUAUCGCCAACAUUUAAGCUAUUACUCAUUGAACUUUGGGGGACAGACAAUUAGGCAAGUCAGAUAUUGAUCAUCAUCAUUGUUUGGCCUCUAGGUAGCCACAUUGUGUGGAAGUUCUCUCAACUCAGUGAGAUGUGUCUGCUAAAGUGCCCUUGAUGCUGAUUCCGAGUCCCUAUGAUAACAACCCACCUUCCGGUGAGCAUCAUGAUGUCAAUGUCAACCCAGGUAUGAUCAUGUCAGUAUGUGUUCCUUUUUGCUUAAAAUGUAUGACAAAUUUCAUGAAUAAACUUUUAUUUAAGUGAA